AUGGCGGCGUGGUAUACCUUGAGUGUUGCCGUUUUUGCGGCCAUCGGGACAUUUCUUUUUGGCUUUGAUACAGGAAUUGCCACAACAACUAUUGCCCAUGAAAGCUGGAUCAAGUAUAUGGGUCACCCGUCGGCUGGCCUCACCGGAGCGGUCGUUGCCGUUUACAUCGCCGGCGAGGCAGUCGGCGCCCUCACGCAGACCGCAAUCGGCGAUAGACUGGGUCGACUUCGUUUCAUGGCCCUGAUGUGUGUGGUCGUGACGAUCGGAACGACUAUCCAAACAGCAUCAGUCAACAUUGGGAUGUUCCUGGCCGGUCGUGCCCUUGCCGGAUAUGCCGUCGGAGGAAUGGUAGCCACUGUACCCAUCUACCUCAGCGAGAUCUCGGACCCACGCUAUCGAGGCCUCAUAGGAGGUAUCUCAGGCUGCGGAAUCUCAUUCGGAACCAUGGCAUCGAACUGGGUCGGCUUCGCCUGUAGCUUUGCGCCCUACGGGCCCGUGCAAUGGCGACUGCCGCUGGGCAUCCAGAUUCCCUGGGGCGUGAUCAUGUUCGUUGGACUGGUCACCUUCAUGCCCAAUUCGCCGCGGCAUCUGAUCCGCAACGGCAAGAUCGAGCAGGCGCGCAGCGAGUUCGUGCGGAUACGGAGGGAUCUCCCCUCGGAUGAUGUGCACCGGGAGUUUGAGCUCAUGCUUGCGCAGAUCAACUACGAGAAGGAGCGGGAGAUUACUUCCUACCGGGAGAUAUUUCGGCUGUUCCGGCGCCGCGUGCUGGUCUCGAUUGCCGUGCAGACGAUGACUAGUCUGACUGGCGUGAAUGUCAUCCAGGUAUCCGAAACUAACCCCAACAAAGCAAUCCUCUACAAAUCCCUCGGCAUAGACUCGCACACCAUCCUGGCCCUGGCCGCCGUCUACGGCACAAUCGCCUUCCUCACCAACUGCCUUACAACCAAAUACCUCACCGACCAAUGGGGACGCCGAAAAAUGAUCCUCACCGGCCUAGGCGGCAUAAUCCUCAUCGAAAUCUACGCCGCAGUCAUGCAGCGCGAAUUCCAAAACACAAACAACCGCAUCGGGAAGGGCUUCGCCAUACUGGGCAUCUACCUGUUCGUCGUGACAUAUUACGGCAUGCUCAACAGCACAACCUGGCUCUACGGCGCCGAGGUCCUCCCCAUCGCGCUGCGGAGUAAAGUAAUGGGCCUAGCGGCCGCGUCGCAUUUCAUCGUUAAUGUUGCUGGUUUGUUCCCUCACUCUGACUCUACCCGCUGGGUAAGCAGGAAGGCUAAGAUCAUCCGAUCAUGUGCAGUCACCGAAGCAGGGCCCAGUGCGUUUGCGAACAUCCGCGAGAACUACUACUAUGUCUUCGUGGCGUGUACGGCGUUCUUUUUCGUGGUGGCUUAUUUCUAUUUCCCUGAGACGAAGAAGAAGACUCUCGAGGAGAUUGCCGCGUCUUUUGGUGACAAGGUGAUUCUACCUGAGGAUCGGGGUGACGGGCAAGGCGACGACGAUGAGAAGGCUAAGCCGAACUCUCGGCAAAUUGAGGUGGCUGUGGCUGGAAGAGAUGAUACGGUUUAA